UUUAGUGGAUACUGGGAACGGGAACAGGACGGAACCUAUUUAUAUAGGGCCGUCCGUUGGGGUUGUCAGGGAGGGCGAAGGGUUUAGUCCAGCCUCUUGCUAUGACUGAAUACCUGGUAGCGUCCUCCACCAUCGGAAGCGAAUUUAGUCCUUGUCUCCCUAGCUCGUCCAAAGCUUCGGACGGGUUGACGAAUACCCGGGCUCUGCGGGCAGUGACGGGCCCCGAACAAGCUGUGGAUCGUGCCUUGCCAGUGGCCGAUUCAUAUUCCUUGAUUGACACCCUGAUCCCGGAAGGCAUGGAGGUUGGCACGGACGUUGCUUUGUUCGAGCGUUUCAGUGUGCGAGGCUAAAGGCAAAACACGGAACUGUUGUUGGGAUGUGCACCGCCACCAUUCUCCACGCGAGCGUGUCCCUCGGAACGGGGAUGGUGUGACCGCAGAUUUGGCUAGGCAUGUCCAUAAGUGGACGGAGAAGGUUCGGCGCCACCCAUGAAGUGCCUAAGCGACACUGCAGGUCGCGUUGCAGACAUCUCGGAAUGUUUUUCCAGCGAUCUGACUGGCUGGUUCCUCUUGGGCUGAACCGAUCUUCCCUUCCGACACAUAUUUAUACCGCGCUUGUGUCCGUCGUCUAGACCUCUUUCCUCAUCCCAUCACCAGCCUCAUCUCCCAGUUUCGCUUUUCCUUCCUUCCCUUCCUUUCUCACUUCUGUUUGGUUCUGUCGGCUGCACACUCUUCCAGUACUCUCUUAUUAAUUGUGCAACAUGCCCGCCAUCGUCAAGAACCCCAACGCCGGCCUUGAGCUGGAUAUCAUCUCCGACGCCGUCGACGACGUCAACUCUCUCCGGGGACGCAUGUGGGACGACGAGUCCGAGUUCGACACAGCCAAGGACAAGACCGGGUUUCGCGACUAUGAGAACGCGUGCGACCGUGUAAAGAACUUCUACAAGGAGCAGCAUGAGAAGCAGACUGUGGCUUUCAACAUCCAAGCGCGUGUGGAUUUCAAGAACCGCGUAAAGCGGCGUAUGAGCGUGUGGGAGGCCAUGGAGCUCCUCGACACCCUCAUUGAUGAGUCGGAUCCUGACUGCCAGCUCGGCCAGAUUGAGCACCUGCUUCAAACUGCGGAGGCUAUUCGGCGCGAUGGUAAGCCGGAUUGGAUGCAGGUGACAGGCCUCAUCCACGAUCUCGGCAAGCUCAUGUUGAUCUUUGGGUCUGAAGGUCAAUGGGACGUCGUUGGCGAUACUUUUGUUGUUGGCUGCGCGUUCUCUGACAAGAACGUCCUCCCCUCGACUUUCGCUGGCAACUCGGACUCCCAAGACCCCGUCUACUCCACCAAGUACGGCAUCUACAAGCCCCAGUGCGGACUCGACAACGUCAUGCUCUCGUGGGGCCACGACGAGUGGCUCUACCACGUUGUCAAGGACCAGAGUACACUCCCGACCGAGGCCCUCGCCAUGAUCCGCUACCACUCGUUCUACCCAUGGCACCGCGAGGGCGCGUAUAGCUACCUUUGCAACGAGAAGGACGAGGCAGCGCUCACGGCGGUUCGCGCGUUCAACCCAUACGACUUGUACAGCAAGGGCGACGAGCGCUGCGACGUGCAGACGCUCCGGCCAUACUAUGAAGGCCUCAUCGCCAAAUUCUUCCCCUCGACUAUCGAGUGGUAAACGGGACGUAGAAAACACUACGCCUCGUCUACACGCGGCCGGCUCGCGUCUCUCGCUGUUGAUCGGCCUCUAGUCGUGGAUCGAUAUAUUCGACCCACCCUGUGAACAAAUGUGUCUCCAUCUGUCUUCAAUCUUAGAAUCCGGCCAUUUCCGUCUAAUCUCUGGCCUCGUAUUAUGUCCGUCUAUUAUUGCAUCUACACAUCUCCCAUUAAUUUUCUUGGUCAACACUGCAUCCGUAUCUUUCUUGGCAACUGGCAUACCUACCUUUACGAUUCCCCCUCUAAUUUUUCUCCCUUUGUCGUUCUCGCUAUCGAUAUGCAACAUUCUCGAUCAAUUAUUCGUGGUCCCAUUGGUUUAUUAUUACCCAGGCACCCUCUUCUGUAUCCAUCAUUUGCACCAUCC